AUGCAUCGGCGGGCGAGUGUUGGGCGAUUUAUCAAAGAUGUAUCCGCAAGUGCUGAUGUUUUGGGCCUAGAUAAGUCAAUCGAUGAAGGCAUUUAUAAGCAGAAGUACGUCUUUGAGGUUGCCUGGGAAGUAGUCAACAAAGUCGGAGGCAUAUACACUGUGAUUAGAACGAAAGCUGCCACGACCGUUGAGGAACUUGGUGAUCGAUAUGUACUCAUCGGUCCCCUCAACGAAGUCUGCAUGCGCACAGAAGUUGAUAUUGUAGAACCGGCCUCGGAACCCCUCAAGCGCGCUCUUCAAAAGCUACGUAAACACGAUAUCAAUCUGGUUUUUGGCCGAUGGCUUAUCGAAGGGUAUCCAUAUGUCCUUCUAUUUGAUAUCGGUUCAUCUGCAUGGCGCAUAGAUUCUUGGAAAAAAGAACUCUGGGACAAUUGCAACAUUGGAGUUCCUGUUCAUGACAGUGAGUGCAAUGAUGCACUUAUUUUUGGUGCACUCGUCUCAUGGUUUUUGAAAGAAUUCAGAGAUGAAUUGGAUGCUGAAACUGAGGGUGUCAAACCUCCUAUUGUCGCUCACUUCCAUGAGUGGCUCGCUGGCUGCGGAUUGAUCUUCACUCGUACGCGCCACCUUAACGUAGCUACAAUCUUUACGACGCAUGCCACACUCCUCGGAAGAUAUUUGUGUGCUGCUUCAGUUGAUUUGUACAAUAAUUUGGACAAAUUUGAUCUUGACAAGGCAUGCUUCUUUGAAGCUGGAGACCGUAAUAUUUACCACCGCUAUUGCUUAGAGAGGGCUGCUGUCCACUGUGCUCACGCUUUCACAACAGUAAGUAAAAUUACUGGUCUGGAGAGCAAGUACCUCCUUCGACGCGAGCCUGACAUCAUUACGCCCAAUGGUCUCAACCUCAUCAAGUUUGCGGCUCUUCAUGAAUUCCAAAAUCGGCACGCGCUUGCAAAGCAGAAAUUGCACCAGUUCAUUCAAGGCCACUUUUAUGGACACUACGAUUUUGAUUUGGACAAGACACUAUACUUUUUUAUUGCCGGUCGAUAUGAAUUUCAAAAUAAAGGUGCUGAUAUAUUUAUCGAAGCUCUUGCUCGCUUAAAUCAUCGUUUGCAGGAGCAAGGAAGUGAUGUCACCGUCGUUGCUUUCCUUAUUUUCCCCGCUGCAACCAAUAGUUUUAAUGUAGACUCAUUCAGAGCGCAAGCAAUAGUAAAACAACUUCGAGAAACUUGCAACGAUAUUCAAAACGACAUGGGGACAAGACUCUUCGAAGUCUGUCUCCGAGGUCGAAUUCCGACUGGUGCAGACGUUCUUCAUCAGAAUCAUGUUGGACCAAAGUCAGGAAAGCUCGAAAAUAGUCAGGAAAAUCUGGAAAUGUCUGGUGAGUUAGGAACACAAUCGUCUCGUGCUAAGUGCGUUUAUCGACUGUCACAAAAAAUUCUAAUACUAAGUCUAGUGAAGUCAUUCCUGAGAACCGAAGAGAAAAUUGCGGAGGACAUUGUCAGGCUGAAGCGCUGCAUUUACGCUACACAGCGCAACAACCUCCCGCCUAUCUGCACGCACAACAUUGUGCAGGAUAACAUUGAUCUGGUUCUCUGCAACCUCCGUCGCUGCCGCCUCUUCAACAACCGGUACGACCGUGUCAAGGUCAUUUUCCAUCCGGAAUUCCUUAGUUCAACCAAUCCCCUUCUGCCGAUGGACUAUGAGGAAUUUGUCCGUGGUUGUCAUUUGGGUGUCUUUCCCUCCUAUUACGAACCUUGGGGCUACACCCCCGCGGAAUGUACAGUCAUGGGUAUCCCAUCGGUUACAACCAAUCUCUCGGGUUUCGGUUGCUUUAUGGAAGAGCACAUUGAGGAUCCCGCUUCUUACGGCAUCUAUAUUGUGGACCGUCGAUUCCAGAGUGUCGAUGCGUCCGUUGAGCAGUUGACAAGGUGCCUGCAUGAAUUCUGCCAGUACUCACGAAGGCAGCGCGUCAUUUUGCGAAACCGAACCGAGCGACUUAGUGAACUGCUUGAUUGGAAAAAUCUCGGUGUAUACUACAGUAGAGCACGCUUGGUGGCGCUCUACCGCCAGCGUCCGGACCUCUUCACACACGACGUGGAGCGGGUGGAUGCUAACGAGGACGACGCAGGCUCAGAAAAGAGUUUCCGCCUCUGCCGUCCGUUCUCGGCACCUCCCUCGCCUAGUGCCUCUCGCAGUUCCAGCCCCAAUCGCACCUCAGGUCGCAGCACGCCCACCUCGACCCUAGAUGAGGACGAGGUCGACGAGAACACGGAACGUCUCGAGCUUGGUCUUCAGACGGUCUCUAUUAACGGCAAUAAUGAGGAGACGGCAGCCUGA